AUGCAGUCGACUGGACAGCUUGGCCAGAUGGAGUCAUUUGAUGUUACCGCAAGUGACUGGACGGCAUACAAGGAGAGGUUGACAUCUUUUCUGAUUGUCAACAAGGUUCCUGGCAGCGACAAGGUGCACGCAUUCCUCAGCAUCAUCGACCCGCGAACGUAUGGGCUGCUGAAGUCGUUGACGGCGCCUGACCUGCCGUCGGCUAAAAGUUUCGAACAGCUGAAGAGCAUCUUGGACGCCCACCUGGCCCCAGUGCCGUCCGUAAUCGGCGAACGAGCCAAGUUUUACCGCAGAGCACAGCAUGAAGGUGAGCCCCUGCCGGAAUAUGUUGCCGAACUUCGCAAGUUGUCUCAGACCUGCCAGUUUGGAGCCAGUUUAGACGAAGCGCUGCGGGAUCGUUUCGUGUGCGGACUGCUCCGUGAGGACGUGCAGCGAGUACUUUUUACCGAGGGCGACACGUUGACGUUCUCGAGAGCAGUGGACCGCGCUCUGGCCAUGGAAGCAGCCCGGAAGAAUGUCGCCGAGACUCGAGUCGUGGAAUCAUUGGCCACACAGCUGCACAAAGUUGAAGACGAUAGUAGAGAGGCACAUGCUGAUCUGUACGAGGUGCAAACGAGAGCUGGUAAGCCGCUACUAGUUUGUUACCGCUGUGGUUCCCCGAGCCACACUCAUGCAGUAUGCCCUCACAUUAACGAUACCUGUUUUAAGUGUUCGAAGAAAGGACACAUUCAAAGAGCCUGUCGGAGCAGCAACAGGCAAUGUCAUGACGGGUAUAAGAAAAAACGGAGCCUGAAAACGCUAAAAGUUGUGACACAGGAGCCGACUAUCAGCAUUUCCAAACAAGGGGCUGCCAGCCGCGCUCCCAUUUUUGUUAAACUAAAUAUAAAUGAUGCACCGGUAGAAAUGGAACUCGACACGGGAGCUGCAGUGUCAAUCAUGCCUUUCAAGCAGUUCAAGAAGCGGCUUCCUUCUACCAGCUACCGAUCAACUGACGUCACCCUACGCACCUAUACCGGAGCACUCGUCCGACCUUGUGGCGUCGUGGUUGUCAACGUGCAGCAUAGUGGACGGACGGCGCAGCUGCCGCUCUACCUCGUCGACCAAGCAGGACCACCACUGCUAGGACGAGAAUGGCUACACACACUACGUCUAGACUGGGACAGCAUUUGGGGUCUGAACUACAUCUCAAGGUCAGUGUUUGACUCGUCUUCUCGAACGAAGGAAAGGCUCGAUUCCUUGCUAGCCAAGUACGAAACUCUGUUCAAGGAUGAGUUAGGUGCUAUCACAGACGAACGGGCCGAGCUGUUUUUCAAACCAGACCACCGGCCGAAGUUCCUAAAAGCAAGGAAUGUGCCGUUCGCAUUGCAGUCAGCUGUAGAAGCCGAGAUAGCAAAAUUGGUUGAACUAGGAAUUCUCACGCCAGUGAAUACAGCGGAGUAUGCCACGCCCGCAGUGCCCGUGAUAAAGAAAGAUGGCAGCAUACGCCUAUGUGGGGAUUAUAAGACGACGAUAAACCCCUCACUUGACAUCACACACUACCCGCUGCCUAAGAUAGAUGAUCUACUGGCAGCGCUGGCCGGGGGGCUACAAUUUACGAAGAUCGAUCUGAACAGGGCAUACCAGCAGGUAUUCAUGGCGGAAGAGUCAAAGAAGUACUUGACAUUAAACACGCAGAAAGGAUGCUUGGAGUGGCGGCGUCACAAGAACCAGUUGCUUCAAAGCACGACAGUGCCUGCGGGAAACGUCGUUCAAGACGAUGAAUUCUCCGUGGGGCCACACAGCGACCUCGGAUCGGGACCAGCUGCGGAAAACUCCGUUGAAGGCGAUGGGUUCGCCGUGGGGCCACACAGCGACCCCGGAUCGGGACAAGCCUUUUCAGUACCACCAGCUAGUGUUUCUCUCUCACCACCGACGUCGCAGGCUGACACUGCACGGGGUGACGAGGAUCGACGCUACCCAAUUAGAAAUCGUCGACCACCUGAUAGGUUCCAAGCAGGAACGUGA